GCUGCCGUUUCGGGUUUGCUUCAUCCUGAUUCGUUUGGCAGUUUAUCUGAUCCGUAGUUUCUCCCUUGUUCUUUCUUUUGCUUUUUCUAUUGCGUUGUCCCUCCCUCGAUCCUUUCCGAACCAUACAUAAUCUUCCCAAGUUCUUCUUCGGAUCUCUAUUCAUUUGCUCUUUAAGGUAAUUACAUUAUAAAUUCUUAAUAAACAUCGUUAGCAGUUUAGCACUACCCGUAACUGUGAUGAUAAGUGAACUUGAGAAUUCACCACAGACUGUUGUCUUUUGGCGCCUUAUCCAUCAGAACUGAGUGACCCAAAUCCAAUUAAGUCUCAAUCAAUUCUCCCACUCGUGCUCUCAUAAACUUGAACCCAGUUCAAGAUUGCAUCUUUUGCCUCAAUGGGUAUGGCCCCCAACCUCAAUCCCACCAUUUCCAUGUCCUUAACUCCAUUCCCAACUUCCUCUCCAUUUUCAUUCAAAACCCAAAACAGCUCAUUGUUCUCUAACACAGUCACUUCAACAAUUCACACCCAUAAAACCUCAUUCCCACUCAGAAUCUGCACUAACUCACAGUUCUUUAGCACCAGAAGACUGUUCCUUCCUUCAGUUUCUGGUAUCUGGGAUGCUAUCACCGGCGGCAACAAUCCCCGUGAAGCCGUUGCCGCAAUCCGACGUGGAAUGGUUCUGUUUAGACAGGGUGAUGUUGCAGGGUCUGUAGCAGAAUUUGACAAGGCGAUUGAGCUUGAUCGUCGCCAAAAGGCAUAUCUUUGGCAAAGGGGGCUGUCACUUUACUAUCUGGAUAGAUUUGAAGAAGGGGCAGAGCAGUUCCGAAUAGAUGUUGCCCAGAAUCCAAAUGAUACAGAGGAAUCCAUUUGGUGUUUUCUCUGUGAAGCUCAAUUAUAUGGAGUUAAGGAAGCAAGGGAACGGUUUCUUGAGGUUGGCCGCGAUCCGAGACCUGUCAUGAGAGAAGCCUAUAACAUGUUUAAAGACGGUGGUGAUCCAGAAAAGCUUGCUGAUGCAUUUAAAAAUGGCCGAGACAGUGAUUAUUUCUACGCUUCUCUAUAUGCUGGCCUUUACUAUGAAGCUCAGAAAAAACCCGACGAGGCCAAAGCUCACAUCCUUGCUGCUUAUCAGUCUUCCUAUGGACAAAGAUCUGAUGAUUACAUGGCUUCACUUGCAAAGGUUCACUGUGUUUGUCGAAAUUGGGAAUCUGAUUGAAGCUCUUGGUCAUCCACUCAUUCCUAUAC